AUGCCUGUUGAAAAAGUGGAAGCUUAUAAAGCCUUUAUGGAGCAUGUUAGUGCCUUACAAGUCAAUGUGCCAUUUGUACAAAUGAUGCUUAAAACACCAAAGUACUUCAACUUACUAAAGGGUCUCUUUGCUGCUAGGAAAGAUUUUGCUAAAGUCGCGGAAAUAAUAUUGAGUGAGUUACCUGAAAAGAAGGGCGAUCCGGGGAGUAUCAUAAUUCCGUGCCAAUUUGGAAAUGCAUUUGUCACUUCAGCGUUGACCGAUUCAGGUGCAAGCAUCAAUCUGAUGCCUUUCUCUUUCUUCAAGAAACUGAAUUUACCAGAGCCAAGGCCGGUAAACAUGAAGAUCCAUUUGGCAGAUAAGACAACAAUUCAUCCAAGAGGCAUUUGUGAGGAUCUUCUUAUUAAAGUCGACAAGUUCAUAUUUCCAGUAGACUUUGUGGUGCUUGAUAUGGAAGAAGACCCCGAAAUUCCAAUUGUUUUGGGGAGGUCAUUUUUAAACACCGCAUGUGCUUUAAUUGAUGUAGAAGAAGAUCCAAGCAAGUUUUUGCUACCUUAUGGAGAGGAUGGAGAUGCUAACAAGGACUUGGAGGAGAUAGAAAUGCUAAUGGAAGGAGUCGACUCGGAAAACACAGUGGAAAUGGUGAAAUACGAUCCGACUCGCUGA